AUGGCGAGCCAGUUGUAGGGGAUCCAGCAGCUGCUGCAGGCGGAGAAGCGGGCGGCCGAGAAGGUGGCAGAAGCCCGAAAACGGAAGGCCCGGCGGCUCAGGCAGGCGAAGGAGGAGGCGCAGGCGGAGAUCGAGGGGUACUGGCUGGAGCGGGAGCGGGAUUUCCAGCAGAAGCAGCAGGCGGCGCUGGGCUCCCGGGGCCACGUGUGCGCGGAGGUGGAGUCGCAGACGCGCCGGCGGGUCCAGGCCAUGCAGGGGGGCCAGGCCCAGGCCAAGGAGCGGGUCCUGCGCCAGCUGCUGGGCCUGGUGUGCGCCCCGCACCCCCAGCUGCACCCCAACUACGGCCCUGGCCCCUAGGGGGUGUCCCUGGCUCCACCCCCUGCUCCCCAGCUCCGCCCCCAGCCCUGCCCCCUGACUGCUGGCUCCACCCCCUGGCUCUCAGCUCUGCCUCACACCCCCAGCUGCACCCCAACUACAGCCUGGAGGCCUAGGGCAGCCCUGGCUCCGCUCCUGGCUCCGCCUCCUGUCCCCAGCUGCACCCCAACUAUCAUCUGGCCACCUAACGGGUGCCCCCUCCUCCAUCUGCCCCCCAGCUCCAUCUCCUGUUCCCAGCUCCCUGCCCCCCCAUGAGCUCUUGUGGGUGUGCCCUGAUCCCUAGGGGUCUGAUUGGCCCCUGAACCUCCAAACCGCCCCCUCCAGCAGUAUGCCCAGCCCCCUCCCACUAGCUGUGCCCCUGUACCCCAACCCCACACGUCUCGUGCACUGACUGUGCCUGUGAAAUGUGGUGA